AUAAAGCGCCAAUGAACGAGGAAGCAAGAACCCACUACCAAAGGCCAAUAUAAAGGACCAUAAACGGCUGGGAAGGAGAAACCCAAAAUACCUAACACAGCAUUAGAAGUCUAGGACGAAGCAACAUCGGAUUCAAAGCCUCUGAAAUUAACCAAUCCUGAAGUGCCUCCUCGUUAAUUUGUUUGCAUGCUCUACACUUAGCUUAUCACCCCUAAGGUUGCUGGGGGAGUUGUAAACAGACAAGCAAUGCUUUAUUUGCUUUUAGGGUUAUAAAUGGGACUCUUUGUUAUGUGGGUUUGAGUGAAAAUGUGCAAAAGUACAGAGCUUGGGAGAAAGUGAGUCUAGUUUCUUGUUUCUGGGUUUCUUGGAUUUUGUAGCCGAGAGUGUUAAAAAUGGUUGUCAAUGAGAUUGAGCUCCAGGAGCAGCUUAAAGAGACUGGGAAUAGGCUCCUAGACCCCCCAUCAUCCAUUGACGAGCUUCUUAAUUUGCUUGAUAAACUUGAGUGUUUAUUGAUAAAUGUGGAGCAAGCACCAUCAAGAUCAAUGCAAGAUGCACUUCUAUCCCCCAUGAAGGCAUUGAUUUCCAAUGCCCUUUUGAGGAACUCAGAUACAGAUGUGAAAGUUUCAGUUGUGUCUUGUAUUAGUGAGAUUACAAGAAUAACUGCACCUGAUGCUCCUUACAGUGAUGACCAUAUGAAGGAAAUUUUUCAAUUGACUAUAGCAGCUUUUGAGAAAUUGUCCCAUGUGUCAAGUCGCUGUUAUACAAAGGCAGUUUCCAUUCUCGACACUGUUGCAAGGGUUAGGUCAUGCUUGGUGAUGUUGGACCUAGAGUUGGAUGAACUAAUCACAAAGAUGUUCCAACACUUCCUGAAGAUCAUUAGGUCCAAUCACCCACAUGCUGUAUUUUUGGCCAUGGAAACGGUUAUGACACUGAUCAUAGAUGAAAGUGAAGAUGUAUCAGUUGACCUUCUCACUCCCCUUUUGGCCAGUAUAACAAAGGAAAGUCAGAGUGUUUCUCCUAUUGCAUGGAAGCUUGGUGAAAAAGUUAUCGCUAAUUGUGCUGCUAAACUUAAUCCCUGUCUCAAGGAGGCAGUGCAGUCCAUAGGCAUACCUUUAGAUGAGUAUGCUCCAAUAGUUGCUUCGAUUUGCCAGGAUGAGAGUCUUUCCCUUCAACAGAAUCAUCUCAAUGGUUCAGGGGACGAUUUGGCUACUAAGGGGCUAUCACCAGCUGCUGCUUCUCCUGGAGAAGUUCUCCAAGCUGUGGAUGCUAUUCCCAAAUCAACAACCAAUGGAAAUUCCUCAACUAGAAAUGCUGGUGAUGUCAUAAAUAAUAAUUCUUCAAAAAUACUGGAGCACUGUUCUCUUAUCCAGCAUAGUGAAAGUAGUGAUAUACUAGGGGAUACCAAACCAGAAUUCAACUUGGAAAUGGACCCAGGGACCGUCCCAAGGAAAAGGGGGUGGAAACCUAAUUCUUUGAUGAAUCCAGAGGAAGGCUAUGAUCAUUCUUGGAUUUCUUCAGGAAGAAAAACUGCAAAAGUACCUUGUGAGAGAAUAACUCAUGACAAGGGAGUAGAUUUAAACCCAGAAAAUACAGUUCCAAAGAAGGUAGCUCUGCCAUUAGCACGUAUGAGGGAACCUACAGGAUUAAGACCAGAAACUGCUAGUGUUAUCGAUGCUUCUUCCCCAUCUCUGAAUCAAAGCCUUACUCAUGGAACUCAUCCUAAAAGAGGCCGGCCAAAGAAAAAUUGGGGUAUUAUGAAUCAAGGUGCUGAUCGUAACUCAGAACCAAAGCAACAGAAGCGCACAAGAAAAUUUGGAUCUGCUGCAAAGGCUACUGAAGGGGCACCUUUGCCUUCUGCCGAUGAGAAAGCCGGGUUACUCGGUGAACAUGAGGAAAAACCACGGCAACAGUCAACAAAGGUGGUGGUAAGGAACUUCAAAAGAGACAGCUCGCUAGUCCAAUCAGAUGUUAGGAAAAGAAGUUCAGUGAGUGGUAUUUCAGAUGUGGAUGCUCAAGCAUCUAAGGUUAAGAAAAAGAAAUCAUCUAGAGGUGGAAUUUAUGAUGAACAGGUCCCAAAAACAAAUCUCAAGGGGAUGCGGACACCACGGAAGGAAGUGACUCCUGAUCUUGGUGAGCAAUUGGUUGGUAGCAGAAUAAAAGUUUGGUGGCCAAAAGACAAGAUGUUUUAUGAAGGAGUACUUGAAUCCUAUGACCCUAUCAAAAAGAAGCAUAAGGUUUUGUAUGCUGAUGGAGAUGAAGAGAUACUAAAUCUCAGAAGGGAACGGUGGGAACUAAUUGGAGAUGAUAUUUUGCAUGAUGAAGAGCGAAAACCUGACAUUUCAAAUGCUGAUCCUUCAUCUGAGAAACAGUCCAGACCUCGAAAGCAAAACGGCAAGGUGAUUUCAGAGUCAGGCAAACAACUGAAGGUUGAUUCAAAAAGGAGUGGAACCACCAGCAUUUCUAAGAGAAAAGCCAGAAAGUCUACAGGUGCCGUUACGCGGGAUAAACCAAUUGCUGCUGACAAAUCUAUAGAUUAUACACCUAAGCCUAACAGUGGCUCAGAAGGAGAUGGCAAAGAAUCUGGUAGCAAGUUGAAGAUCAGAAGUCCAAGGACUGGAAUAAACUCCAAACAGACAACACUAGAGACUGCAAGUCCAUCCGGCGAUGAAAGUCUCGGAGGCGGUAUAUGAAUUUUGUGUCACAGCCAGACCUAAAAAGGAGCACUAAACUAUCCUGUAAAAAAGUCAGCAACAAAGUGAAAGUUGGUUGGGAGAUCUUUUGGACUCGGCUGACCCUAGUUAAUAGAAACAAAGUGUAGUGUGUACAGAGAGGAAGAAGCUAGAAAGCCCUGCAAGUCUUGGUUUGGUGCAGGGUUGUUGUCUCUUUGCAUGAAGUUGACAUAAAUAUUGUUUUUUGCAUGGUAAGCAUUGGGAUUUUUGGUUGCUGAGCCUGUAAGUAGAUUACUGGAGGCAGGAAAUGGAAUUUCUUUUAAGCAA